CUAUUGUACCUGCUCUAAUACCCGUUCAAACCAAUGGCAAAUAUGCAAUUGGCCCAAUUAAAAACCACCAAACCAAGCCAAACUGGACGAGCCGAGCCGGCCAUAUCCUAUCCCCUCGCGCGCCUGCGCUCUUCCUCGCUUCGCUCCUCGUCUCCUCCGCCGCGCCCUCCCUCCGACCCUCCCCUCCUGCUCCCUCCCCCUCGCCUCCUCCGUCACCGCCCUCCUCUCCUCCUCCCCCUCCGGCUCCCCUCCCCUUCCGGCCUCCUCCCCUCGCGCUCUCGCCGGCGAGACGGCCCCAAUCCCUUCUCCCUUCGCGGGCGAGGUGUUCAACGGGACUCCUCCUCCUACUCCCUUCUGCGCGGCCUCCUCGCGUCACGCGCGCCCACGCACGGCCAGCGACGAUCAGGCUUGGAGGGCGCGACGCUGUGCCUGGCCUCCUCCCCUCCCCGCUCCUCUGCCCUCCGUCUCAGUUCGAGUCGAAUCGAAGGGCGAGGCUGAUCGAUGGAUGCAUGGGCGAGGCGGAUCGGUGGAGGUGUGCUUCCAGGGACGAAGGAUGCGCGCCGCUAGCGACAGAGGUCUGGACGCCCUGCCGAUCGAUCUGGAGGUGGGGGUUCCCUGGUAGGCGAGGAGGGCUUCGUCUCGUAAGCGCGGGAUGUUCAUGAGGAGCAGCAGCUCAUCAUAUUGAUGAUUAUUGCUUUAUACAGCUUUCAUCCACAACACUGCACGGCCGGCAACCUGAAUGAUAAACUGAAGCAAAUUAGGUAUACAAAUAGAGAUGCACAUCAUAUCCAUGGCAAUUGACAAGCGCAGCGAUACAUGAGAGGAUCGAAGAAAAUGUACGUCACAAGGCCGUUGUCAAGGUACCUGGACAACCCAGAGGCAGCGGCGGAGCCACUGCCAGAGGGCCCAGGAUCUGGGUUCCUCAUUGUGGAGGACGAGGCGGCCGUCGAGCGGGCCACCGUUUGCUGUGGAUUGUGCCGUGACCCGAAGGUGCACACCCUCCCCUUCCCUCAGAGCCGGAGGCUUGAUGUGGGUGAAGACGACAUUGUCCUCUUCGUCCCCGUCGUCGGCGAGCCGUUGUCGGCCGGCCGCUACUACGUCGUCAAGGCCAUCGGCCACCACGCUGGGAAGGUGUUGGCGUGCUCACGGGAGGAGGACAAGACAAGGAUCCUCUUCUUCUCCUUUGUGGACGAUGCGCCACCGAGGCCAUUCCACCACGGCGACAUCUACCAGCAGGUGGAGGUGGUGGCCGUGGCGCAAGCGUCACACUGGCUGAGGGGAUUCAAGGCGGUGGCGGUUGCGCCGGAUGGCAUCCCGCCGAGCUUGCUGAGGAGGAAGGGCUGGGAGGUGAGCAAGGCCAUGCGUACGAGCUACGACGGCCUCAAUGACGACGCGCACGGGAUAGACUGGCCGCUCCGUCGCCAGAUGCCAGACCUCGACGGCUUCGGCAUCGGCGCGGGAGGCUCGCCGGCCACCGUCGUUGGCAAGUGGUACUGCCCGUUCAUGUUCAUCAGAGACGGCGAGCAGCGGCUCAAGGACCAGGUCAAGCGGUGCAGGUUCUAUGAGAUGACGCUAGAGCAGAGCUGGGAGGAGAUAUACCGCUGCGACAACACUCACCGGGGCAGCAUCAGCGGCAAGCCGCCGGAUGAGAUCAAGGUGAACGUGACAGUGCGCCGGUCGACGGCGCUGCUGGGCGGCACCGGUGCAGUAGUGCAAGAAGGUGGGCCUCAGGUGGUCGAUGGGGUGAUGUGGUUCCGACCGGCGGCGCCGCCGACAAACUCUGGCGUGGCAGGUGGAGUUGGGCUGGACAUGGUGGUGUGGGAGAAGAUGAAGUGGGAGCUGGAGAGAGGAGGGUGGGUCGCCGGUAAUGGCGACGUGGAGAGUAUCGAGAGGGUGGAGAGGGGUGAGGCGGCGGGUCAGUGGGACAAAUUUGGGUGCUACCUGCUGCUUGAGAGCUUCGUGCUCAGGAGGAUGGACGGCAGCGUUGCACUCACCUGUGGUUUCAGGCACACCAGCAAGAUUACAACCAAAUGGGUAUGAUCAAACGAUGUAAGUAAUACUGUAACUAUCGAAUUUUAAUUAUCUCUGUUAAUUUUUAAAAUCUGGAGAUAUUGAUAUCGUGUCAUCAUAAUAGGUUAAAGAGAGUCGUUACAUAUGACAAUAUCUGUAACAGUUGUUUAAAUCAAUCGUUAGAGAUAUCUAUUGGAGUUUUAAAGAGCCAUCACUGAUAACUGCCUGUAUGUAAUGGCUUGUAAUUUAGAGCUGUUACGGAUAGCAUAGUCAUCAGAUCUUUAUCUAUACUCAUA